AUGGUACAUAUUAGAAGACAUGAAACAAGGAAAAAUUCUAAAACUCAAGAGUGUGAACAGAAAUCUCGAGUGGAUUGGAGGCGGACUAAAAGAAGUAGUCUCUCACAAUUAUGUGAUAGUGAUGAUGAGCUUGAGAGCGAUGAGGAGCUUGAUAGUGAUGAAAGUGUUGACAAUAAUGAAAGUGUUGACAGUGACAAAGAACCUGAUAGUAACGAGGGGCUUGAUAGUAAUAAGAAGCCAGAAAAUGAAAGAGAGCUUAAAUUAAUUAAAGUUGAAAGUGAAGGAAACAAUAGUAAGCAUCUCAUUAACACUGGCAACAGUUCAACCUAUGAAGAAGAAAAGAACAAAACCAAACAUGGAAGUAUUGACUUACCAGAUCAUGAAAAGCAUUCAGGUCAAGAGGAAGAUGAUCUCAACAAACACUCUGGACAAAUAACAGAGGAGGAUUUAGAAGAAGAACGCAUCAAGCGAGGGAAGAGAAAAAGGAUCUCCUCUGUGAUGUACGACAGUGAUGAAAGUGAUGACAGUGAUAUCCUUGUUAGAAAAGUGGGAGUUAAACAUCCGCGUAGAGUGGUUGAAGAUGAAUGUUCUUCAGUGGAGAUGGAGCAAAAAGAACCUGAAAAAACUUUAGCCGCAAGAAAGCGAGAACAGCUCCAGAAACUGCAAGACCUCUCAAAACAGAGAUCUCGUCAGAGACGCAGUAGUAGUAGAGAUUUUGAGGACUCUGAAAAGAAAUCCUGCCCAAGCAGUGAUGAAAAUGAUGAUGAGGAGGAGGGGGAGGAGGAAGAUGAUUAUGAAUAUGAUGAAGAUGGAGAUGAUUAUAUUAUUGAUGACUUUGUAGUGCAAGAUGAGGAGGGUGAUGAAGAGAAUAAAAGCCAACGAGGAGAAAAACUGAAAUUAGUAAAACAGAAUUCUCUUUAUUCUUUUAGUGACCACUAUACUCACUUUGAAAGAGUUGUGAAGGCUCUUCUGAUCAAUGCUCUAGAUGAAUCUUUUCUGGGAACAUUAUAUGAUGGCACCAGGCAAAAAUCAUAUGCACAAGAUAUGUUGACAUCUCUUCAUUAUUUGGAUAACCGCUUUGUUCAGCCUCGUCUAGAGAACUUAGUCUCUAGAAGUCGUUGGAAAGAGCAAUAUAAGGAGCGAGUAGAAAAUUAUUCUAAUGUAAGUAUCCAUUUGAAGAAUCCUGAGAACUGUUCCUGCCAGGCUUGUGGAUUGCAUCGCCACUGUAGAUAUUCGGUGCAUUUAUCAGGAAAGUUAUAUAACACCAGGACUAUGGAAAUAGAUGAUUUCAUGUCACGUGAUAAACAGGUGUUUACUGUUGGCAGAAUUUGUGCUAAUCGUACCAGAAUUUACCAUGAACUGAAACAUUUUAAAUUCAAGCUGUACCAGGAAUGUUGCUCCAUUGCAAAGACAGAAGAGGUUGAAGAUGAACAGGUUAAAGAAACAGUGGAGAGAAUUUUCAAUCAGUCAAAAGAAAGUGGCUGGAUUAAGGAGAAAUACGGUCAACUUCAAGAAUAUCUCAGUUCUGCGGAUUACUUUCAAGAUGAGAAGUUUGACUGA